AUGGAUCUCAAGUUUUCGAGAAGUCCGUCUGGGCUUAGCGAGACCGCCACUAAUGUGGCACUGCCUUUGGAAAUGCCUGGAGAUGUCCGUGUACGACUUCAAGCUUAUACCUGCGCAAACGAUCACGAUGACACAGCGGAGCUACUAAGACAAACCUUUAAAUACUUCCCGGCUGAAGGCAGGAAGAACCUCACCAAUGACAUUUUAAAAUGCAUUACGGAUUCCCAGAUACACUUACUGGCAAAGGUCAUUGAAAACGGGCUUCUGACUCCGAUAAAGGUUGCUGGAGCCAAGACUGUCAUCAACCCGUCGCCUCGCAUCGGCGUUGAAGACUCCAUAGAGCAACUUAGUACCCUCAUCGACGGGUCUAUAGCUCACUCGCAAGCGGUGCUGAGAUUGCGCUGCUUAGAGCGCGACGGUGAUAUGUGUGUCUUGUCUGGAUAUUAUGACAUAGAGAAAUGGAAGACCUCCCCUCCGGACAAGACAACGGCCGAUCUGGAAGCCGCACACAUAAUUCCCUUCUCCCUGGCAUCGUUUAGAGACGAAACCGAGCGGCAAUACAUCACUACCGUCUGGAAUACUAUCUUUCGGUAUUUUCCCGGCGUCAGGUCUCGUUGGCGGCCUCGCCUAGUAACCCAAAUGCUCCCUCACAAGCUUCAAAGCCUGGGGACCGAGACAGGUUGA